AUGACUCGCAAGCUCUUUGUUGGUGGAAACUUCAAGAUGAACGGCGACCUCGCCACCUUGACCAAGCUCGUUCACCAGUUCAACGAGGCCGACGUUGAUGUUGAGAGUGCCGAGGUCGUCAUCGCUCCUCCCGCGCUCUACCUUCUCCCCCUCAAGGAGCUCGCCCGCAAGGGUAUCUCGGUCGCCGCGCAGAACGCCCACCAGCUCCCCGCCGGCGCCUACACCGGUGAGAUCUCGCUCCAGCAGCUCAAGGACAUCGGCUUGAACUGGGUCAUUCUCGGACACUCGGAGCGCCGCACCAUCUUCCACGAGUCGGACGAGCUCGUCGCCGAGAAGACCGCCGCCGCGAUCAAGACCGGCGUCUCGGUCAUCUUCUGCAUUGGCGAGACGCUCGAGGAGCGCGAGGGCAACAAGACCGAGGAGGUCGUCACCCGCCAGACCGACGCCCUUGCAAAGGUCAUCUCCGAGGAGGACUGGAAGCACAUCGUCGUUGCUUACGAGCCUGUUUGGGCUAUCGGUACCGGCAAGGUCGCGACUCCUCAGCAGGCUCAGGACACCCACAAGGUCAUCCGCGACUUCAUCGCCAAGCGUGUCUCGCAGAAGGUCGCCGACGACACCCGCAUCAUCUACGGUGGAUCGGUUAGCGGCAAGAACUCGAAGGAGCUCUGCUUCCAGCCCGACAUCGACGGCGCGCUCGUCGGUGGCGCAAGUCUUACUCCUCAGUUCAUCGACGUCAUUCGCUCGGCGGAAGAAGCGUUCGGACACAAGGCUGCUAGGCUGUGA